UGGUCGACGACUCGUUCGACGACAUUCGUUUUCGUUCGUGUUUCAUUCAACUUCGUAUUCGACCCGUACACGCAAUACACCGAGUUGUGAUUAUUUCUUUACAAAUCACAAUUAACAACAUAAAAGUUGCUGAUAGUGCUGUGAUUUAUAUUCAUUUUUUAUUUUUAUAAGUACUUUACUAUAGUGUAAGUGAAAAGUCGAUAAAUACGGCGUGUUAGUGCUUGAAACACGUUUAUACAUUUUCGGCGUUUUGUCGAUGUCGUGAUUAUUGUUUUUGUGAUUUUACCUGUGCGAUAAUGGCUGAUAAUACGAAAUUAACUGAUGAGGAGCGUUCGGAGAUCCGGGAACAGUUUUCUCAGAUCGACUCAAGCGGCAAUGGCUUCAUAGAUUUGAAGGAGCUAAAAGACGCAUUAGACAGUGUCGGAUACAAAAUUCCACAAUGGAAGGUCCGCUGCAUGAUCGAGGAAUAUUACGACAACGGCUCGUCGAAACACGGCCGCGGCGUCAACGGCAACGUCAACGGAGACGCCAGGAAGAACGGCAUCUCGCUCGCAGAGUUCGAGGAGCUGUGUGCCAAUCUGAAGGCUCAGCAGGUGGCCAGCACAUUCAAGCAGGCCGUCAGUAAAAAAGAAAAUUUGGAGCAUCUUGGUGGUAUGAGUGAGGCUUCCAGCGAUGGCACGACGCACUCGGUGCGCCUAGAGGAGCAGAUGGCGUUCUCUGGGUGGAUCAACAGCAACCUGGAGCACGACCCGGACCUCAGGCACCUGCUGCCCAUAGACGCAGAGGGCAAGCAGCUCUACGAGAAACUCAAAGACGGGCUCAUACUCUGCAAAGUGAUAAACCAUUCAUGCCCCGACACGAUAGACGAGCGAGCAAUCAACAAGAAAAACCUGACUUUAUACACGAAGCAUGAAAACUUAACCCUAGCUCUGGUCUCCUCGCAAGCUAUCGGAUGCAACAUUGUCAACAUCGACGCACACGAUCUCGCUAAAGGCAAGCCACACUUGGUGCUCGGCCUGCUGUGGCAGAUCAUCAGGAUCGGUCUUUUCAACCAGAUCACACUCGAACACUGCCCGGGACUCACCGAGCUGCUUAAGGACGAGGAACGCAUCGAAGACCUGGUUGGGCUAUCCCCGGAGGCGAUCCUCCUCCGCUGGGUGAACCACCACCUGCAGCAGGCUGGCGUCACUCGCCGCUGCACCAACUUCCAAGCCGACGUGUCCGAUUCGGAGAUAUAUUCGUACCUGCUUAAACAGAUCGCCCCCGCUGACGCCGGAGUCACCACCGAAGCUCUCAUGGAGCAAGACCUCCACCGCCGCGCCGAGGUGAUGCUCCAGCAGGCGGCCAAGCUCCGCUGCCGAGCGUUCGUGACCCCGGCCGACGUGGUGGGCGGCGUGUAUAAGCUCAACCUGGCCUUCGUGGCCAACCUGUUCAACCAGCACCCCGCGCUGCAGAGGCCCAGCGACUCCGACCUGCCGCUACACACGCUCGACGAGACUCGCGAGGAGAAAACUUACCGCAACUGGAUGAACUCGAUGGGUGUGGCUCCACACGUCAACUGGCUGUACUCCGACCUGACGGACGGGCUGGUCAUCUUCCAGCUGUACGACAUUAUCAAGCCCGGCAUCGUCAACUGGAAGAAGGUGCACCGCCAAUUCUCGAAACUGCGCAAGUUCAUGGAGCGGCUCGAGAACUGCAACUACGCGGUGGAGCUGGGCCGCACGCUGGGGUUCUCGCUGGUGGGCAUCGCCGGCGCCGACAUCAACGAGGGGAACGCCACGCUCACGCUCGCCCUCAUCUGGCAGCUGAUGCGUGCGUACACGCUGUCCGUGCUCACCCGGCUGGCUAACACCGGCAACCCCAUCAUCGAGCGGGAGAUCGUGCAGUGGGUCAACAACAAACUCGCCUCAGCCGGCAAGACCUCCUCCAUUAAGAGCUUCCAGGAUGAAGUGCUAGCGGACGGGAAGGUGGUGAUCGACUUGAUCGAUGCCAUCAAGCCUGGCUCCAUCAACUACGACCUCGUGUUGCCUGGAAGCAGUCAGGAGGAGAACCUGGCGAAUGCGAAAUACGCAAUCUCGAUGGCGAGACGCUGCGGCGCGAGAGUGUACGCGCUACCGGAGGACAUCACCGAGAGGAAACCCAAGAUGAUCAUGACUGUAUUCGCCUGUCUCAUGGCGCUCGACUACAUCCCCACCAUGGACGCACCAGUCAAUAAGCCUUAUGAAAGAAGCACGUCGACGAUACAGAAAAAGCCUUGGACUAUCACAGUCCCUAUGAACCGAAGCGCCCAGAGAAAUUUUGCUAAUAAUGUCGCACCCAACAAUAUAAUUUCCGCAAAAAAUGAAGAAAAUAUCGCUCCUACCAACAAUAUCGUUGCUGUAAAUGAUGAAGAAAAUCCCGCUGAAGAACAAGAAUCAGAAAUCAUUAGCGACGAACAAGUAUUUGAAGAACCACACACUACGGAAGUUGAAGAUGAUGAACUUAUAAACGGUUUAACUGAUAAUCCUGAUGAUGAGGAAAUGGUGAACGGUGGUGGAGAUACAAAUGAAGAGGAAAUCCAAAACGACUCUGGUUUAGGGUCGGACGAGAAGCCCGCUUUACCACCAAAACCUGAAAAUUUGUCUGUCACCAACCCUGAUGUGAAAGAAGAAUAAGUAACAGGUCUUACCUGAUGGACCAUUGUCUGUAUAAUGGUCUGUUGGCGACACCAUACCGAAUACUGAGGCGGAUGAUUCUGAGUUAAUAUCGAGUGGAUUUUUCCGUCGUAAAAUAUAUAUUUUUUUUGUGCUUCCACUUGAUAUAAACUGAGAAUCAUAGUCUGAAUUAUUCCUCAAAGUUUUUGUUACGAUGUCAAAACACCCUAUUUGGGCGAUGGACUAACCUAUCACCAUAUCGUACAAAAAAUACAUCUUAGAACUUCCUACCUAAAGUACCUCUAAGUCUACUGAAUCCUUGAGCCUCAACCCAUUACGAUUUGCGGGAUUGAGUUUAUGCAUGUACCUAUGUAACAUAUUUUUUUUUCUGUUUUCGUUAUAUUAAUUAUUUUAUAUGGCAAUAAAUAAAGUGAAAGUGAUUUUAUAAUGAAGCAGUGAUAUGUAUUACCAUAGCGUUAUAUUAAAUAUUUAUCUGUAUUUUUUUUUACAUUUUAAAAGCACGUUGAUAAUACUAUGAGUUUUUAAUAAAGAUUUUAUUUUUAAUGUUGUUAA